AUGGCUAAUCUUGUAUGCUGUGAACCUUUCUUUGGCUUUGAAGGCCAAACGUACAAACAAAACAGGGGAGUUCCUAUGGGAAGCCCAAUAUCGGGUCUUCUAUGCGAAUUGGUGGUAAGAAAAAUAGAGGAAAAGGUUGUGCAUAGCUUCAGAAAGGAUAUUGUUUACUUCAAGAGAUAUGUGGACGAUAUCUUUAUACUAUGGAAAAGUAAUCGAGGAAUCAGUAAUUUUAUAGAAAGAAUCAACGAUAACAAAGACGGCCUAAACCUGAAGCUAGAGCAGAAAAGUUCUGUAGUGAUACAUUUCUUGGAUAUCAAUAUCACCUUUAAGAAAGGGCAUUUAUCUACUAAUGUGUAUACCAAACCAACGCAUAGCCCAUUCUACAUUCCUGCGCAGUCCAGUGAUCCAUUUCGUUAUAAAUUAGCAGCUUUUCGUGCCUUAGAAGGGUUUUUCUAUAUUGCGACAACAUUAUGGACAGAAAUGAAAAGGAUUAUGCAGAUAGCAGAAACCUUGGGUUACAGAAGAAACAAUCACUGGCAUUAUUAG